UAUGAAAUAAUUAACUUUUUCUAUCAACAGAUGCUUUAGAUGUAAAUUUUCACACAUUAUUAUUAUCAAAUAAAACAAUACGGGUGUAUAUGUAUUCAGUUGUCCUAGUGGCGAAUACAUUGAUGUUUUUCAUUUCGUAACUUGUGUAAAGGCUAGAAAACAAAGUUAUGAAGGUGAUACUCCUGUGUGCAUUCUGUUUUGCAACUGCUCAUGCUACAUUACCUCCUCCUUCAGCAAUCAACUUUCUUGGAGUAGGUUACAAUAUACUUGAUGGUAAUCCCGAUGGAAGCGAUAUAUCUAUUGGAGGUGUAGAUCCCGGACUUCUGACCACGAGAAGAGUGUUUGAAAUGACCUACAACUAUGGGAAAAAAUCUGCAGAUUACCAAUACUACGUACCUGAUCAGGUUGUUUUUAUGCCACGUUCAAGUUGUGCAAAUACUAUCACCAAAGAAAUGUUCUGGGGAACUGAAAGUUACCAACAGAAGUUGAAAAAAGAGACCAGUUGGUCAGUUGGACUUGACCGGAGGUUUCUUGGAUUUGAAUUUUCCAAGAGUAAAUCGUACGAAGAGGUACUUCGAUCCAUAGACUCCAAUCGGUAUGUGUAUUAUGAGGAUCGCACGGUGUGCAAUCUCGGCCAGGCUCGUUACACCUCAGAACUCGCAUUCUUCGACAAGUACCCGCUGACGAAAAGCUUCGUUAUUGAAGCUUGUAAUCUCCCUGCUGUUUUUGACAAUGACGCCUAUAUGGAUUUUCUCGAUGACUGGGGAACGAAUGUCAUACUCGAAAUUAACGUUGGUACAAAAAAAUUAGAUCGGUACGAAGAGACACAAGAGGCGUUCGUGUACUAUGCCAUGGAAACGAAUUCCAAAAGUACGACUUCAGGUGGUUCGUUUCUGGGAUUUGGAUCCUCGGUAACUGUUACCAUGUCGGAUUUCGAGAGUGGCAUGACGUCAGAGACCAAGUUUGGCAGUUUCCAGUACACACUUAACAGCGGAGAUGAAGACAUGCAUGAACCAAUCUCAGUAACAUUGCUUGGUAUGGAAGAGGUUUUCACUACUGAUUAUUGGACACAAUUCAGCAAGUAUGCGAGUGAUGGUCUGUGUAAGGCAGAUUGGAUCAACAACUUGGCAACAAUUCAGGCCAACAUGGACCAAGCCAUGUGGGGAUAUGCAGCUCAUAGAGGUGCUAUCAUGUCAACAGAUCCUGUUGUACAAAUCCCCAUUACGUGGCCUCAAGGUACAUACGGGUUAACACAGCCAAAAGUCGGGUGCCCACUUACACCGCACUUCAACUGGCACACUGGAUGGCGUAAACACGACACAGAAAAACGCAACGGCUGGUCUGAUGGAAACCAUUUUGUAGGACCCUACUGGGAGAACGACAUGUAUGACCACUUCUGUAUGAAACAUGAUACUAAAGUGACAGAAUAUGACUGGACCUGGCCCGAUGGGGAAUAUUGCGUUUACCAGGCUGGCACAACAUGUCCCUCUAACCUGAAGUCGGGUGCAAUCUUCUGGGAUAACAAAAAUAGUGGCGACAACAGCUACGGAGGAAGUGUUCCGGAGGGCACAUAUGACCACAACACCAAGAUGUACUUCUGCUGUCAAAAUGAUGGAUUCACCACAAACCAAAUAUACCUUCCCACUGACAGUCCUUUCUAUCUGUUCCCAUUUAAAAAUCAGUGUCAACAGGUCGUUGGUAUGACUGCGAGUAUGGAAUGGUUCUAUUUUGACAAUGAAAACACCAGCAAUGAUGAUUAUAAAAUUGGUUACUAUCCAUAUUCUGAUGGGGACAAAGCUCAUAAAAUUCGCUAUUGCUACUACACUCCUAAGUAAUUAGAAAUGGAGCCUAAGCUGCGACAAUUAAAAUAUUUUGGUUAGAUUCAUCGAUAAAUUUCCCGUCGAUUUAUAAUCGAAUUAUGAAACGUGAUAGGCUCUGAACCUUGACCUCUGAUGAUCAGUGCACAAAAGUUAUUACAAAAAAAGUGAAUACAAUAAUACCAUAAUAUUUUCGGAAAAUAUUUGAGCCCCACCAAUUAGUUUCUUUCCUAUUCUUUAUCCUUCCUGUUCUUAUUAUUAUAUUGGCUGGUCCCGGCCACCACUAGAUAGGCUUCUUCACAAAGGCUUUUAUGAUGGAUGUCUUGAUGUGGCGCAAGAGUUUUUCCCUCCCUCGUGCGUCCAGAUUAAACUGACGGGAAAUUUAGCGAUAACAUAGUAUAGUCUAUCUUACAAUGAAUCUAUUACUUAUUUCAAUGAAUCUUAAAUAAAACAAGCAACACAAAAAAAAA